GCUCAUAGACAUAGGAAAGAAAGGACAGGAAUAGUUCCUUUGGGUGUGAACUGCGUUCGCCCUCCCCGCCCCCCAGGCGCUUCCUCGGUUGCUCCUUGUCGGUCGAAGCGGCCUGUACAUUUGUUUCCCUCAAAGCCGGGGCGAUGAGCGAAGAGGUGGAGGUGGAGGUGGCCGGCGAGGGGCUGGGCGAGGAAGAGCAGGAGGACGUAGACGAUGAAGAAGCGAUAGCGGGCCUGGAAGCCCCUGGCUGCUCUGGGGAAAACUCCCGCUUCGAAGGGGGAAGCCGCUCUGAGUCCAGCAACGAAGAGAUGGAGGAGGAUGAGGAAGAAGAGGAAGAGGAAGAAGAGGUGGAGGAAGCAGCAGCAGCAGCAGCUCCUCUAGGAGGGGGGUCCACGGACCCCUUCGGGGGCUUUGGGAUGGAGGAAGGCGAAGAUGAGGAUGAGCGCAUGAUUAACCUCUCUGAGCUGAUACCAUAUAUAAUGUGUUCUAUCUGCAAAGGGUACUUCAUAGAUGCCACAACUAUCACAGAGUGCCUUCAUACAUUCUGUAAAAGCUGCAUAGUAAGACAUUUUUACUACAGUAACAGAUGCCCAAAAUGCAACAUUGUAGUACAUCAGACGCAACCCCUUUAUAAUAUCAGGCUGGAUCGACAGUUGCAAGACAUAGUGUAUAAAUUAGUUGUCAGCUUGGAAGAAAGAGAGAAAAAGCAAAUGCAUGAUUUCUACCAAGAGAGAGGUUUGGAAAUACCUAAGCCUGCUGUUCCACAGCCAAUUGCUAUAGCCAGGGGGAGGCCCCGUAAAGUUGUAGGCUCGGUUUUCCGUAUCCCUCCGGAGCUUGACAUGUCACUACUCCUCGAGUUCAUUGGAGCUAAUGAUCUGUCUGGGAAAUUUAAGCCACUGGAAAAGAAGUUUGUACGGGUUUCAGGAGAGGCAACAAUUGGACAUGUGGAGAAAUUUCUCCGAAGAAAGAUGGACCUUGAUCCUGGCUGCCAGGUAGACAUAAUAUGUGGUGAUCACCUGCUGGAACACUAUCAGACUUUGAGGGAAAUCCAACGAGCUCUAGGGGAGAGUGCAGUGCAGGAUGGCUUACUUGUACUUCACUAUGGGCUGAUUCUUAGCAGAGAGCCCACAUAUUCAAGGAUUUGUUAAAACCCAACAUGGAGGGGCUUUGAAGAAACGAAUGAUCCUCAUUCUUGGAAGUGCGCAAUGAACAUUAAUGCACAGCUUUCACUCUGCAUAGUAAGUUAGGAUCUGAAAAAGGAAUGCUGUACAGUAAGUGCAGCUAUAAAUACUGCAGUGCUAUUAUGUCAUUAACACCUAGCUAGGUCGGGGAAGAGCAAAUGUGUCAAGAUGACUGGAUUUGUUUUAAAUGCGGUUUGUGUAUUGGCAGCACUCACAGCUGACUCCCAGGACUUAAGCUUGAAACCAGUAUUUAUCUGAAAUACAGUUUCACUGGUUUUCUCAGGGAAUAUCUCCAGUGUGCAGUGUUUUAUUGGAAAAGGUGUAUUCUUCUCAGAGACGUUUAUUGUACACUAAUGGUCUUGGUUUAGAAAUAGGAAAGGGAAACCUUUCAGUUGUGAGCCUAAAAUGGGGGGGAUAAUCACCUUUCGAAAAACCGCAAGCAUUGUAUCUCAUGGUUUAUGUGAGUAAUAGCAUUAAAAUAUGCAAUAUCCUAUAAAUUAGUUAAAAUUGGAGAGAAAUUGUGUGCAUGUUAACUAGACACCAGAAUACCGAUGCUACUCACACAGCAUGGAUGUGACAGUAGACUGCACAGGGCUGCCCUUGAGGUCCCUUUGGAAGGCAUCAUGCAACUGAUUAUAUUUCUAUUGAAGACAAUAACCAGACUUUGUUCUAUGAAAGUCCAUCAGAAGGAGGGCAGUAAUCUUUCUCUAUCACCUGCUACUUUCCUUUAAGCCCACUUCUUCUGGUUUGCAGUCACUACCAUGUUUGCUUUUGUCCCUUGCAGCCUCUGUCAUAGCUCCCCUUCUUGCAGAUGUUCCACUAUAUUCUACUCCCUCCCCCAGCUUUUGUUUUGCCACCUUUGCAGAAAAUGACUAUGUCUGUCCCUUUCCAUGCAUAUGAGCUUGAGACAAUGCCCUGUGUUUCCUAGCCAGUAGUUGCAAUGCCCUGUGAACAAUAAAAAAGCUCUGGUUAAACAGCAACACAAUGAAGGAGUUCAUUUUUAACAUUUCCUGUAACAUAGCCAAAAAUUUGUCUAGUAGUGCUGCUGUUGUGACCUCCCUUAGACCAGGCUGUGAUAUAGAUGACCUUGGACUCCAACUCCCAUCAGCCCCAGCCCAUGUGGCCAGUGGAGAGGGAUGGUGGGAAUUGUCAGGCCCGGCUCUAGGGUUAGUCCCUGUGGCGCAGGGUGUUAGGGCGCCGGCCGGCGGGCGCAUGGGAGCAAUCUCCGCACCAGGGCGCACGACCUGCUUGAGACGGCCCUGGGAAUUGUAAUCCAGCAACAUCUGGAGGGCCACAAGUUCCCCACCCCUGUGAUAGCGGUUCCCAAAACACCAGUUGAAGAUCAAUGGCUUAAUCCAUUAUCACAAGGCAGCAAACAAAGUUUAUGCAAUUGGAGGGAUAGAUGGAAGACAUUACUGAUGCAACUCCUGUGCCUCUAUAGAAGGUGUCAGAUUUUCUUUUGCUAAUUCUUAAUUCAUUACCUGUGCACUUAAAGAUUAUGUCCUAUUGUGGAACUGCUACUCCAUAGUCUUAAAGAGGCUUGGAUGUGCAUUUAUGGUGACCUGAAAAGCUAGUUUUUAGACCAAAUGUGUGUUGAAGGGUUUUGCUUUUGAAUUCAAUUUUGUUACAAUAAAUUUUUGAUGUAGGGAUAUUCAUAAAUAUCUACUUGUUUUAUAUUCAAAAUAUCCAGUUUGUGUUCAGUAUUUCUAUAAACAUCAGAUGGGGGGGAUUAUUUUUGUAAAUAUUUUUGUCUAAUGUGUUAAGGGAUGAAGUAUUUAAAGUGUUAAAAAGUAGAAGCCUUCCAAAACUUUAAAAAGAGGAAGUAUAAUAAACCUGCUGGAAAAGUAAAACUAGCAGGCAAGUAAAAAAGAAUUUGAGGCACAUAUUGCUAAAAGAAGGAAUUCAAUAAAGCACUAUGGCAAUAGUUCUGUCAGCACAAACAUUUCAGUUUGCCAAACAGAACAAUACCCCCUAUCUUUCCCCUGCGUGAUAUUCUGGGGUUUCUCCCAACACUCCCCUUGAGCCAGUUGGAGGGGCAGUGGAAGAGGCAGAAAAGUUCUGUUUUGCUAGCUAGCCACUUGUGGGGGCCUCCACUAGUGUGACAUGUUAGUUGAAUCCCACUCAAAACAAUGAACACUGAAGUACAUUAGAGACAGGAAAAUAGCCAGGGUGAUAUUUGGAUCAUUACAUAGCAAAGAUACAGUAAGACAGGAUUACUAAAGAAAGGUAGAGAAAUUAAUUCUAUUUGCUUUGAACUUCAUUGUGGAAGAUGGUGGGCAGGUGCUAUGUCUGAUUCCCCCACUGACCCCAAGAAGGGUAUCUGAAAUAGAAGUGAUGAAAACUGAAGUUGUAGAACUAUCUCCAAAUCACUGGGUCCAAUUGAAUAUUUUCUUACAAAAAUAUUAAAUUUGUUUAAAAUUCAGCUGACGGGAAGGUAACUAAUGAAAGAUUGAUUUGUAAAAGGGUUUAAGGGGAAAGGCCAUUGCUUUAAAUAUAUUAGAGCUAUUAUUAUGCAACAUAGAAAAAACAUGCCUUGUUGAGAGAGAAUCAACAUGGCUUCUCCAAAAGGGCUUUAAAUUGAACCUAGAAACAGCUGCUCUGGGCUUUAACAUGAACCUGGAAACAAAUGGGUAACCAGUGCAUUUGUUUUCACCCUUCUGCCUCGCCUUCAUUCUGGAUGCUUUGAGUAAUUGGGUCCCAUAUAAUGUUGUAAUUUCUAAUGUUGCUAUUGUGGUUAAGUGAUUUUGAGGGGUGAGGGGGGGCGCUGAUAGAGCUCCUUGCCAGGGACACAAGGGACCCUAGGUACACCUUUGUAAGUACCAGUGCUGCUAAAGCUUUACACCAGUAGUAUUUCUGGAAAAUAAAUAGUGAUACAAUUCCCCCACCCAAAUCAACAAUGCAAUGGAAUUUUCUAGUGCUUUCCAACUGUUUCUAUCCAUUUGAUACUGCUACCUUCAGUCUGAGUAUACCAUAAAGUGGUAUAAUCAUUAUGGCAGAUGUAAGAGCCUUUGUAGCAUGUUAAUAGCCCGGCUAAGUUUUGGGUUUCUUUAUCACUGAUACAGCAGUUGUUCCUGUUUUAUUAUCUAUGUUUAUAAUUGUGGUUUUAAUUAACUGUUAUAUCCUGACCUGGGGUUGCUUUGUAAUGAAGGGCAGGCUAAAAAUAUUUUAAAAUAAAUAAAUUGGUAACACCUGGAUUCCUACUCUCUUUUAUUGUAGAGUGAAACUUCAUACAUAUAUGGUCAAGAAACCCAAGUUCCCUUUUUCAUUUAUUUCAAUACUAAAUUGUAAUGCAUGAGGCCCUCAGGCUUGAGGACAGCUGAGCAUACCCUGUGUCAGACUGUUUUAGAGAGACAAGAUCACAUGUUUUUGUUCAGCAAUAAAUUGUCCAUGUUGAAGGGAGGCUGCAGAUAUGGGAGUUUUUAUAUUGGCUCUUCAAUGUCACUUGAUUUCUCGGGCCAGGAAAUUUAUGAGGUGCUUUGAGAAUGCCCCAGCUAUAAUUACCCUAGACUGUAAUCUCAAAGCUCUUUUGUCUAUGCAUGUGUAAUAGGAAUUGAUGCUCCCAAAAGAAGGAUCUCAGCCUCUUAAGGAGGACUGAAUCCUGGGAAGGAGCAGGUUUGCUAAGGCUCUGCCCCGGUAGGGAGAAAGGACAGAGACCACACCAGGAAUUUCAAAAGCAAAGUCUGAUCUUUAUUUUAAAGAAAACAGAAGACUGCUGCAGCAGGGUCCCCAUCGCGUAGAGAGACCCCGAACAAAAAGACGUCCCUGACUUUUAUCCACUUUGUUUACAUGCAAGUCAAUGGUACAGAAAUGGCGGGAAGGGAGGGUUUACAUAAGGAAAUUACAUUCUUCUGUGAAUUUUGGGUACACCUUUUGAUGUGUCCUUGGUGGCUGGGCGUGCCAAAAGUAUGGUUUUGAAGUGUACCCUUUGAUGGAGAGUAUGACCAAAAGGUAUGUUUCCUCAUGUUAAAGAUUUUGAUUAAUGAUCCUGUGUCUCUUCCCUCUGCAGGAAGGAUCUUUAAAGUUCCUGGCUUAUCAAUGAGGUAUAAUUAAUUUGCUUGGGAGAUGGCUACAUAUUAGUGUGAAAUCCUGUUUUCUUCACAGGCUCACCCUAUCCACACCUCAAAUGUGCUCCCAAGGCACGAUUUGUAAACACAGACAACGGGGAGAUUUUUCAUUUCCUCCCUUUUUGCAGAGAAACAUUUGGUCGGUUUGGGAGAGUCAAAAUGGCUUCAGGACUGCUUUCCUGUACUGCCUCAGACAUGUGGUUUUACAUCUACAGUUUAUGAACAUUUAAUUUUUUAUACAUGACCUCAAAAUUCUUACAACAUAUGCAUAUGCAAUUUCCAGAAAUACUUUGCAAGUGAACUGUAUCAGAUUUACUCUACUACAGUCAUACUUCAGUUUACGAUCGCUGUAGCUUGCGAUCGAUUGGUUUGCGACCACCGCGGACCCGGAAGUGCUUACAUCCGGGUUCCGUGGCGUGCGGAUGCGCAGAAGCGAUCUGCCCAGCUCGCGCAUGUGCAGAAGCGCUCUAUCGGCGCUUUGCGCACACGCAGAAGAAGCGCUCCAUUUACGACCUGCUCGGGGAGCGACCGGCUCCCCGGAACCAAUUGAGGUCAUAAACGGUGGUACCACUGUAUGUGUACAGGUCUUCUUUUGGUUGGGAUGUCUAUGUAACCUUGAAGCUAAGCAUUGCCAAUUAUUGAUUUGUUUGAGCAAAAGUGUUAAGGAGCAUUCACACACAGAAAAAAGUAACUUGCCUUGAGACUUUGUGCCCAAUGAGUGUGUGUGUGUGUAGUUUUUGUUAACCAUUAGCUCAAGCUCCUAAAAAUAAUGGGAGCCUUGGCCAACAAAAAUAAAGGCUUUAAGGGAAGUACAAACCGCUGUACAGUACUAGGAAUGUGUCCCUUUCUAGAGUGUUGCUCCCAAAAGGAACACUUUGUUCCACAGAAUCUGUGGCUGAAGCCUCAAAGUAAACUGUAGUCACCAAGUAAAUAAAUCUCUUGGCACCCAACUAAGCUUUUACAUUCUAGGAAAACGAACCCUCUGAUACAGCCUUGACCCAUGCUAGGAAAGAUUAAGUCAGAAGACGUUUCAGCAUCUGCUAGCUAGACAACAGUGGUGCCAGGCCUCUGGGCAGAUGUCCAGGGCCCCACUUGGCAAAAUGAACAGGAGGGCUGUCUUACCACAUGUUGAAGUCAGUGAAAUGUUACACAUUACUAUCUAACGGUAAAAGCCCAUUAAGGACAGUCUAAAAUUACCUAACCACCACUGUUCAACAAGUGCUGCCUUUUGCAAAACACAGGCCCAAUCCUUCAGAAUACAAUUGAGCAAAUCAUUAUAAAUUUGUGUCAUUUGAGUAAUAAGCUAAUUAUUUUGCAAAUCUAUGGGUGUUGGGGAAAUAGCUAUGUCUUUCCUGCUAUCAGGAUCUCUUUAUAUUCCUAUAGAUUCUAGUGAGUUUGUGAAGACUGCCUGCUACUCCUAUUAUCUUCCUAAACCAGGCACCCCCAAACUCAGCCCUCCAGAUGUUUUGGGACUACAAUUCCCAUCAUCCCUGACCACUGGUCCUGUUAGCUAGGGAUGAUUGGUUAGUUUGUCCUUUGAUCAUAAAUUAUUACAAAGAACACAGGUGCAGUAUAUUUUGACAUUUGAUUAUUCUGGUGAACAGGCAUUUUUCCUUCAAAUUCGAAUAACACACUACCGGUAAGUGGAAAAGAAUUGUGUACAGUAUUUAGGCUGCUUAAGUGUGCUCAAGUGGGCUCAAAGAAUGGCUCCAAUGGGGCUUUGAAAAUUCAGAAUGUUGUAAACUAGAUGUAGAAUCUCACUUUUCUUCUGCUCCCUGUUGUCCUCUGAAGUGUUAUUGCCUUGUGGGAGUGAAUGCCAUCAUUUUAACUAUGCUGUGUGAAGGAGUACUUUCUUUUGUAUGUCCUGAAUCUUCCAACAUUCAACUUUUUUACAUGACAUCAGGUUUUAGCAUGAUGUGAGGGAGGGGGGGGAACUCUUAUCCAGGCAUGGCCAAACUUGGCCCUCCAGCUAUUUAGGGACUACAACUCCCAUCAUCCCUAG